CGCGGCUUUCUAUUGGCCGCCAGCGGCGCAAGCGCAGAGCCGCCCCGGCGCCGUGGCAGUAGCCCUGGAAUGAGGGUGUCACUUCCGGCGGGCUCUUUGCUGCUUCCGGGUCGGCGGCGCCCUCUGUCUUGUGGCCGCUUCCGGACUCACCGGUGGGAGACGGAACGACGGGAGCCGCCCGGAAAGGGGCGGCGGCGGGCUCCCACCAUGCGGCUCUACAGCCUAAGUGUCCUUUACAAAAGCGACCCCAAAGUGCACUUGCUGAAGGCAGCCUACGAUGUGUCCUCCUUCGGCUUCUUCCAGCGCUCCAGUGUGCAGGAGUUUAUGACCUUCACAAGCCAGCUGAUUGUGGAGCGCUCUGACCUGGGCACCAGAGCCUCUGUGAAGGAGCAAGAAUACCUGUGCCACGUGUAUGUGCGGAGUGAUGGGCUGGCCGGCGUGGUUGUGGCUGACAGUGAGUACCCACCGCGAGUCUGCUUCACCCUGCUGGACAAGGUGCUGGAUGAGUUCUCCAGACAGGUCAGCAGGAUAGACUGGCCCUCAGGUUCCCCCACCACUAUCAAUUACACAGCCUUGGAUGGUUACCUCAGUCGAUACCAGAACCCCCGCGAAGCAGAUGCUAUGACGAAAGUGCAAGCAGAACUGGACGAGACUAAAAUCAUCCUGCACAACACCAUGGAGUCUCUGCUGGAUCGUGGAGAGAAGCUGGAUGACCUGGUGUCCAAAUCGGAAGUGCUAGGGGCCCAGUCAAAAGCCUUCUACAAGACGGCUCGCAAGCAGAACUCGUGCUGCAAGAUCAUGUGACUGGGCCACCCACCAGCCGUUCCAGACCAUCAGGCCUUCAUCCGCAGUCGCAACAUGGGACGUAGCAGCAGAGACACUCCUAAUGCCCCCAGCCCGUGGGGCCUGUCGAGGGACUGGGUAGGGCCAUCACUAUGCACCAAUGCCUGCCCGUUUACACAGUCUCCUUUAACGGCCCAGCUGGGCCUCCUAGGUCCAACCUCUUCAAAACCUGAGCUCAGCCCUGGACUGUGCUCUGCUCCUUGCUUCCAUGCGUAACACUACAGUGAAUCCCUGCUGGAGUAGCCCCUUGCCCACAGGAGGUGGCUGUGAGCUCUGGGUUCCCCAUUCUACUUCUGGUCCCAAGUGUAGCUGGUGCCAUGUUCAGCCUCUGACGUGUUCUCCAGUGACUGAACCCUUGUGGCAGGGGAGCUUGUCAAGCGUGGGGGGAUGGGAGGGCAGGGGAUGCCUUGGAGGAGCUGAGAACCAGGUGCUGUGUUCUGUGGGUAGCAUCUGUCUUUUGGGGGUGGUGGGGGAGGGGUGAUGUUUACUUUGGAGUCGGGCUGGCCACACUGAGCCCCCUCCUCUGGAAUAUAAGCCCUGUGGCUCAGUGGGGUCCCUGCCCAGGGCAGGGUGCUAGGUGGGGCUCUCUGCAGGGAGGUAUCUGUGUGCCUUUGCAGUGAGGUGAUCAGAGCACAGCAGUGAUGCCCCCAAGCUGGGACAGGCCCAUGGGUGCAGAGCAGACUGCCAAACUACAAGCUGGGCACAGGAAGGAGAAGCGGUUCCUAAUGGGUGUCUUAUGUUGCUUUUGCUCUCCUUCAGUAACAAGCUAUUGGGUGACUUGUCCUUCAGCCGUGCGCAUGUGCGUGUGUGUGUGUGUAUCUCUGUCUGUAUCUGUGGCACAGUGCCCACCCUCUAACCAGGGAGCCCCAUUCAGGCUGCACCCCCUCACCCAUGGGGAGUGCUGCUAUGCCUCCCAGCCAGCUGCUUAAUGCUGCAAUCAGUGCCAGGUGUGUGCCAUCAUGUGUGCGUGCAGUGUCCUGUGUCCCCCACGACUUGUGGUGUCUCGUGUAGUGGUCUGUGGGCCCUGAGCAGCCCCCAGCUGCAGGAGGGGGAGGGCCCUAGGUAUGUGCAAGUUCCUCAUGUUUGUGUCCCUUCUCUCUUCCCAGGCAGAAGUCCCAGCCCCUCUCCCUUAUCUGCUGCUCUUCAGAGCAGAGGAGACUGCAGGUGUAAAUGUGCUCAGUUCCCCAUCAGCUGGGCCCGGUCUCCACCUGUGCCCCACCUGGCAGAUCACUGGCAAGGAGCUCCAAGCUGGUGCCCUGGGGAGGGGAGCAGAGCCCUGGGCCAGAAGGCAGGCACCUAGAGUGGGGAACUUCAGCCAGUGCCCUGCUUUGCAUGGUCGUCUGCCUCUGCCGUGGGGUUUGGACACCGCAUUCCUGAGCUGAGCUGGGAUUGGGGGCAGCUCUGCCCUGCAGGGGAAGGUGCUCUGGUGCAAGAUCACAUGUGGCUGCUGGCAGAGGUCACUGCCACCAAUGGACUUGACACCAGGCCCUCUGCCCAGCCUGGGGGCCAUCACUGAUACCUCCUGCUGGGUCGCUGCAGAACACAGAGAUGGCAGGGCUGUGCCAGCCUGGCACAUGGGGCUUGUCUCAGAAAUGGCCUGUGUGCUGGGUGGGAAUGGGGGCCUGGUCCCUGUAGAGCCAUGGCUUUGAAGAAGUGGUCAGGGCAGGCAGCCCUGUCCCUUGGCUUACGUGUGCUCUAGCCCCCAGGCUGGGCAGAAGCCAGGGGCUGGUAAGACUCCAGGUCAAAGGGUAGGGAGGACAGGUUGAGGGGUCACUUGGCUGCUCUAACUCAGCCAUGUGAUGUCAGUCUGGUCGCAGGUCUGUCCUGAUGCCAGGCCGCAUCUGAGGCCUGUAGCACCUGUAUCUCCUGCAGCUGCCUCCAUGCUCCUGCCCUGCCCCUUUGACUAGGGCCUGCUGCCCCCUCCAUGCUAGCCCCCAACUCUGGGCCAACUGGGCAGGGGGUGGUGCUGGGCUGCAGGAAGCCUGGUCUGCUCUGAGCUCCAGUAGUGAUGCCCUGCUGGAGUCUCUGCCUCGGUCUCUCCCCAUUCUGUCCCAUUCUCUUUGUGUUUCUAACAGAAGCUUUUGCUUCCGAGGGCAGAGAUGAUAUUUUAAUAAACAUUGCCUCCCUUUUCUGUGCACUGAGCCCCCGGCUUCUCCCCACAGCCAUAAACCUGGUUGCUGCGUUCUCACUGCUUUUGCCUGCAGCUCCUCAUUGAUGCAUCCCUGCUGCCUUGGACUCCCAGGAUCCCAACAGCUGUGUAGAAGCUCCUGCAGCCCAGGAGCUGUCUCUACCCUUUGUUGCUGAGGCAGAAGGGAAAGGGGCCCCCCUCUGAGCCCCUGCCUCCAUGCCUCAGGGGGUUGGCAGCAUUGGACACGUAUCACAGUUGCUAGGGCCUGGCUUGGGGCAUGGGUGAGUUUGGCUGAUGUCUCACCUGAGGGGAUCCUAGAGGGAGCUCCAGAAGUCGCAUCCAGUCCAGCCCACUGCCUGAGCCAGAGUCAGCUUUGUCCAAACCAGCCCAGGCAAACCCAUCAUCUAACUUCAUAGUACAUCCACUGUCUGUCCUGACAGCCCCAGGCUGCAGCAAGGAGGCUGUGGACACUCAGGCUGCCCCAGUGUGAGCCCAGGCCAGGCCCUGCUAAGGACCUAUGCUCCCCUCGCACUGCCUGCCUGGGCCCCUGAUGCCCCUGGCAUCACCCAGCCUGGUGCCACCUUCUCACUGCUGCAGUCCCUGAGACAGCAGGCAGGGCCCAGCCCCAGGGCAGGCAGCUGGGGAGGCCUCUGGAGCAUGUAGCAGUUGUGCUAUACUCCCCGAACCUGCAGCUACAGCCCCUGCUGCAGGGGAUGGGGAAUAAGCCCCCAGAGGGUCCCUGGGAGGAGGCUGAGCCCUAAAGUCCCCAUGCCCAGCCUGUCUGCCCCUCACCCCUGCAGGGAGAAGCCUGAGGGCCCUGCCCUGGCUCUGCAUCAGGGUCGCAGGCAGGAGGUUGGGGCCAGGACAGAGACCCCCAGAGGCACUGCCCUGGGGCCCCAGGCAGGGGUCAGCCCCCCUAGGCCUGCAUUGCAGCAGGCAGCCUCCAAGCACAGGGUGGGAAGUUCAGGGGACUGGAGGUGCCCCUUCUCCCUGUCUGUGAGGCCUGGGUCCAAGGCAGGCUGGGUCUCUGGCAGCUGCAAGGCAGGAGGCUGUAGGCAUCUCCCUGGAGCUCCCUGCAGCCCAGCCCCACCUGCCCAGGCUGGGAUGUAAGGAGAGCUGAUUCUGGCCAGGUACACCAGAGGCUGGUCUGUGUGGGCACCUGAACUGUCUCCCUGCUGGGGGCUGCACAGAGCCCAGGCCCUAGCCAGCAGAGCUCACACCCCUAAAGCAGGGUGCUGCCCAGGGCCCCACCCUGUCCCUGGUGCCCCAGGUCAUACCCAGCUGAGCCAAGGGCCCGGACACUGCUACAGGGACCCUCCAGAGCCAGGAGGUCACGGGGAGUGAGGGGUGCAGGGAUAGAGAUGCAGCAGAUUCAGGCCCAGAGCAGGGCUGCGGCCUGGGCUGGAAUCCAUGUGUCCUUCACUGUGGGCCCUGGUUUCAAUAAACUGAACAGCAAAUA